CCGGCUUGCCCGGUGCAGAACCCGCGGCGCACGAGCUGAGAAGAUGCCGAAGGUCGGCAGGCGGCGCACGAGAGAGAGUCCGGAGAAGGAGAGGGAAGCGGGAGGCGGUGGCGCACAAGUUACGAAGAUGCCCAAGGCCGGCAGGCGGCGCACGAGGGGGAAUCCGGAUCCGGAGACGGAGAGGGAAGCCAAGAAGAGAAGCCUGGCGGAGGAGGAGGCCUCUCCUUCAGCGAUGUUUGCGGUCAUUGAGCGCGGCGAUGCCCCUCAAUCCGAAGCAAAACCAGAUCGUGUCUACGAUGUGGUCCAGUCCUUGACGGAGGAAUCCUCCGGUUCACCCAUUCCUCUGCUCCAUGAACCCUACAUCCCCAACGAGCUAGCCUCCCAUCCGGGCGCACACCACGCCUUCCAGCUUGCCGAAGCCAAAUACAAUGCAGAAAACGACCAUCGAUAUGCUUUGUUCACAAUGGCUCGCGGCCCUCCGCACUCGUGUCUGUUCAAUGAGCGGCGCCUUCUUCCAAUCCGUGAAUCCGCAAAGGACGCCGUGCUUCUUGCCUCCGGAUCUGUCGUUAGGCUCUCCUCCUCUCUUGGCCGCAUGCCACUGAAUAAGUGCUGUGGGUUGUGGUUCCAAUGGGAUGAAGAGAAGAAAACCGGCAUUGUUUUGACGUCUGCGUAUCUAGUUCGCAAACAGGAUCCCUCCAUGAUGGACCAGUGGACAGGAAAGUAUCAUCGUGAUGCUCGGGUCAUUGUUCACUUACUUGAUGGCACAACUGCAAGAGGUAGUCUCCUGUACCUCCAGGAGCAUUAUGAAAUUGCUCUUUAUAAGGUUACAAUGCACAAACCUGUUGAGUUGCCCACUUUUAAUGACACGGUGCAUUCGGGUCAAGAUGUUUUCAGACUUGGAAGAGAUGAUGAAAGUUUGGAUUUGAAGAUAACUCAUGGUAGGGUGGAAUACAAAAUCCCAGUUCGACAUGAGAGAUGUCACUACCUAUAUUUUUCCCCUGAUGAAUCUCGUCACCGUUUGUUGCAUGACCACGGAGGGCCUAUCGUUGAUCUAGAAGGGAAGGUUGUGGGACUGGUUAACAAUCAUAUAAAUGAGACUUUUGUGCCUUCAUGCAUAUUACACAAGUGUUUGGAUUUCUGGAGGAUUUUCAAGUGCAUGCCUCGGCUGCAUCUUGGAAUGACCUUUACUUCCAUCAAGCUUUUAGACCCUAUUUGUAUUGAGAGGAUGAAGCGUAAGCAUAACAUUGAGUCCGGUCUCAUUGUUCAACAGGUGUCAAAAGGAUCAUAUGCCGAGAAACUGGGAAUCCGCAAAGGUGAUGUUAUUGAAGGUUUUAAUGGAAAAUACAUUUCUACGACAAUUGAGUUGGAAAACAUGUUGGUAGACAUAUGCUGGGAUCAUUUUGACCAGAGAAAUAAAUUAUAUGCAGAAAAAUAUGUUUCAGUUCUAAUAUUUAAUGCUGCCAAACUUUGCCGACGCACUAGAAAUUUGACUGUAGUUGUAUCAGAUUGUGGAGAGGAUAUUAUAGAUGGCACUUAUCCUAUCACGAUUGAAUAAUAAAGAGGUCAUGUGAGUCUUUGUGUUUCUUGAGCUUCAAGAAAGACACUUGGCUGCUGCUGGCCUUCAUGGAUGAGUCAAUGGAAUUAACCCUUGCAUGCCAAUGCAGAUCAAGUUUGGCGUAAUCUUUUUUUUGUCAGACAAGAACUUCAAAUUAUGGUGCUUUUGGACCGUAGAAGCAACUUACUCCCUCUCUAAAGAGAGGGUGUAUGUUAGUGUAGAACAUGUUAUUGAUUACCACUUAUGUUGAGUCGUGUGAAACUCACAUCCUGUCUGUAUGCAAGUGUGGCAGCUGUGGAUGAUGGAUUGAACUGGGUUAUUAUCCUAGACUGAAAUGUUUGGACCGUAGAAGCCGCAUAGCUGUGGAUGAUGAAGUGUUCAAAAAGCCAAGCGAGAAGAACUGUAAUUGAG